AUGUUCCACGGGGAACGGGCUCCUCUUUCAACGGGUGGAGCCGGUCUACUCCCCGUUAACCGCACGAGGUCAUACGGCAGUCUUGUACAAUCCAACCUUUCUCCGGUACGACAAAGACGAAUUGAACACCGAGUUCAGCCAGGAGAGACGUUGCAAGGACUCGCGUUGAAAUAUGGAGUAUCUAUGGAACAAAUCAAAAGAGCAAAUAGACUGUACACGAAUGACUCAAUAUUCCUAAAGAAGUAUAUUUCUAUCCCUGUGCUGUCAGACUACAACAGUGAUGCUAAUAUUGGGGUAGAUGUGACUGAGGAGGACUCCGGCAAGGUACAGGACAGUACAAGUAAAAAAGUCUCUACUCAAAAUGGGAAGCCAGUGAACAAUUCUGAAAAGACACAAGAAGAAGGUACAUCAGAACUUUCUCCAAUGAAUUUCUUGAAAAGGAUGGAUCGUAUGAUCAGCCAGACCAAGCAAGCAGCUGUGAAAAGAUGCCAAGAGGGAGAGAAAAGUUUGACAUCUUUGGAAGCAGCUUGUACCAGCAAGACAACAGACCGUCGAUUUACAAGGUCAAACAGUGCCACGGUCGUCACCUCUCCCAGAAUGCAUCAGCAAGCCAUACUUGGUGCAGUGCCCCUCACCAUCACCAAAUGCACCAAGAAACUGUGAGAAAGAGAGGAUGAGAUCUUUGAGUUGUGAUUUCAUUGCCUCUGUCAGGCAGAUCAUGGGACACGUGGUACUAAUACAAAAACCAAAGGGAUAGACGUCCAAGCUAAUCUGGCAUUACAGAUUUAGGAGAGUUCUUAUUUUCACUGAUGAGUAACUUGCUGCUCUAUGGACUUGGUAGUUGAAAGUUGGUUGUUAGCACUGUUGAUAUAAUUGAUUUGCUCAUGGCGUGAGUUUCAUUUUGACAUAAGAACACUUCUUAUUAGGCAAGAAAUAACUUGGUAGUAGUUAAUUAAAAGUUGUAGUACAUUGAUUACGUAUUAUAUAUUUGCCAUGUCCAGAACAGCACUGUCUGGUUGUCUGUUUACUACACAAAACGAGAGUCAGAAUGUGGUACUUUGACUUGUGUUUGUAUGUUAGUGUGAUCAUGUAAUUAUCCAAGUUAUGCUUGGCCACAGGCGCUAGAUCAUUUGAGUUAUGCUACCUUGUAGUGUCUUAUGCAAUGUCAGAAAUGUGAAAAAAAUGCUAGUCUUGGAGAACAAUAGAAGUUGACUCUAAAAAAUGUAUUUAUUAUUGAAACCAAUGUGAGUUGGUAUAGCCUAGUCUUCAUUGGGUGUUUGUUACAAUUAUGCAAUGAUGUACAUAUUUAUUUUUAGAAGAAUACUGAGCACUGCACUUUCAUUUUCUAAUCCUGGCACUAGGUUGUAGUAAGUGGUAAGGUUGCCUUGGUAUUUAAUUUAAUUUUGCCAACCAACUGUAUUGUUACAGUACUGAAUUGGCUAUACUCAAUCAAAGUGAGGAACUUGUUGUUUCUCCUUGCUAUUUCAACGAAAGACAAAACGAUAUUCCUCUGGUAUGGUUUCCUUUUUGUUUCACACUGUAAACUUUUCUGCUGUUUAAAUAAAUCCAGAGGUGUAGUUUCGAAGUACAAUAUA